GUUUGCGCGCUGGCACUUUCAACAGAGCACACAGGAUGGGAGGUCUUCAAAGAAGUAUUUUUUUGGGAUUCCAGAUCCUGUGCCUGCUGAAUGCUGUUUCUGCAACAGACGACUCCUCGAGUGGAAAUGGAAAAUGGCACCAUCCAAUGCACAUAAAGAACGAGAAUGGAGAUGUUAGCCCUCAAAUCAUCGGGGGGUCGCAGGCUGAUGCAGGGAUGUUCCCGUGGCAUGCAUGGUUGGACCUGACGAAAAUUGGGACGAACGGUGGUUACUUGUGCGGUGCUUCGCUGAUCGCGGCCAAGUACGCCAUGUCUGCGUGUCACUGCAUUAUGCCGACAACCCUGUACAAGCACGACAUCGUGCUCGGCACAGUCAACAGAAAUACACCAACCGCGGGCUCCAUCAGGAUAACCAUUGCGGCUCCUAUUUGCCACGAAUCUUUCAAUUAUAAUACGGGACAAAAUGACGUUUCCCUCCUUCCAUUUGAUAGUCCAGUUACUCCUACCAGCAAUAUCCAAUGGAUCAAUCUGCCCCAACCUUUACUCUCGUCCACUAAUUUGGUUGGCACGAGGGCCAACGUCAGCGGCUUUGGCCGAAUUUCGGACAGCAACGGAACGACAAGCAACACGCUGAAGUACGCAACUCUCUCAGUCACCUCUGACGCGUCUUGUACAGCCGAGUACGGCGAAGGGUAUUAUUCGGACGUGAUGUUAUGUGCAAAAGCGCCAGCCGCAGAUCAAGCAGACUGCAACGGAGACAGUGGCGGAGCUCUUGUCUACAACAAUGGCUCUGCUUGGGUCCAGAUCGGCAUUGUGUCGUGGGGAGGCGAUUUUUGCCAGAACACGUCUUCCGUGUACGCAAGGGUCUCAGGAUUAGUUUCCUGGGUUACCAACAAAAUGAGCGAGCUUGAUGGCGGAGUAGCCAACACUACCACCACCAGCACCACUACUAAAAAACCUCCAACUAAUACUACCACACCAAAAACCACCACCCCAACCAAAACUACGACCAGAACCACUGCCAAAACCACCACGAACAAAAAAACCACGACCAAAGCCACCACCACCGCCAAAACCACAACUACCAAACCCACAACCACCAAAAAAACCACCACUACCAAACCCACCACAACCAAGAAACCUACAACAACCAAGGCACCAACAACUCCCAAACCUCCACAAUGCUCAUCAACAGAUUUCAAGAAUUUGCAGACCAAGUGCUGCUCUCCGCCCGCUAAAGAUUUGCUCGCUAGCUCGUACAACAAGACAAUAGAAAACGCCUGCAAAUCAUUUGGCGUCGGCAACUCCGUGUUUAAUUUGUUUGUGCUCAACAAACUGCAAAAUAUACUAAAAAACAACACCGUUGACGUAAACGAUGUCGCUACCUUGACAAAGAUACUCGGCAAAGCUAUUUGCUACAUUGAGUGCUACCUCACCCAAAGCGGAGCUAUUGAUAGCACUGGAACUAUUAAUGUUGAUAAGUUGACCGCUCUGCUGAUCGCAAAUCAAGGCCCAAAUGUCAUCUGGGAUGAUAUUAUAAGUUUGGCAGUUAGCAAGUGCACGUCCCUGAUAACCAAGUUGCCCAUGCCGGAGGUGCCAUCUGGCCAGUUUAAGUGCGAUCCGACCGGUGGACUCAUUGUGCAGUGUGUCUUGGGAACAAUCAUUGACCAAUGUCCAUCAAAAGUAACGAGCGCUGCCUGCAAAACGGACUACGCUCUGUUUGAUCAGUGCAAAAAAUAUCUCGUUGAUCUACUCAUGAACGGUCCAUAAGGAGUGAAAUUCUUAUGUUCUUUCUUUUAAUUGGAAACUUUGUAUAUUUGGUGAACAAAUUGAUAAUAAAUAUACGAUAUAAUUGGA